AAGAGAGCUACAGUUCAAGCUUGAGGAGACGGGUAGCACACUGCGAUGGACGCCCAGCAGAACAAGGCGCGGAAAUGCUUGGAAUCAGAUUCCAUCUCAGUGGAGCAAGACUCGGCUCCAACAACAUGUUGCCAAGAAGUCGUCAUGGAUCCUCAGCUAUGGAGUUUCUUCCCUGAAGAUUUAGUGGACAGAGUGCUGGCCUGGUUGCCUUUGUCGAGCAUCUUUCGGUUGCGAGCGGUGUGCCGGACAUGGAACAUCAUUACCCACACCCGAGGAUUCGUGGAACUGUACGCGCUAACGCCUUCAUCGAAGGACGCCUGGAUCCUGAUUUUCGCUGAUCGGGGGUAUAGAGUUGUCUCCGCUUACAUCCCCACGCAGAACAAAUGGCACAAUAUUCCGCUCUCGUUCCUCCCAUUUGACAUCUCUGACGUGACAGUCGCAGGUGGAUUGCUUGUGUUCCGGCUCCACGAAGCAAAUGGGGGUUCUAGUGUAUGCGUUUGCAACCCCGUCACUAGCUCUUGGCGGAAGCUGCCUCCCAUGCUCGGCGGCUGGCGCGAUGGCCUCCUUGGUCUGGUCAUUGACAAACAGACUUGUGCAUACAAAAUCAUAGUGCGGAGUAACCUAGCCUCCGUGAACAGCAAUGGCGCCGUGUUGCGCACCGAGGUCUACGACUCCACAACCAACCUGUGGAUUUGCACCAACGGCCUCGAGGACGGGAUCACCACAGGAUAUGCCUAUUGCAAAGGUGUGCUGUACUUCAUGACCUGGGAAACUCGCAGUGGCGUUUAUGGAGUUUACGCUUACAACCUCGAGCAGGGAACGUGGAGCAAAGUGCAUGUGCCGAUCCCGGAUUUCAUGACUUGCCCUCAUGUGGUGGAAUGCCAGGAGCGCCUUCUCAUGGUUGGAGGCUUUGGGAGGAGGCCGCACUUCGUAACGGAGGGUAUAUGUGUGUGGGAGCUGCAGCCUCCAACGCGGGACUGGGUGGUGGUGCAGAACAUGCCUGAGGGGUUGUUCAGGGAUCUCCUCAACAACUCCAGCCUCUUGUCGUUCAACUGCGUUGGUCACGGCGAUCGAAUCUUCUUGAGCAAUCGCAAAACCCCCCGGUUAAUUGUGAUCUUUGAUUGUGCCGACAAUUCAUGGCAAUGGGUUAAUUCCUGCGUCUCCCAUGACCUCCACCCAAUGUAUUCCUGGUUCUCGUAUUACCCUCGACUGGAUGCAGCCCUUUAG